AUGGCUAGCACGUCAAAAGCGCUGAGCCGAGCGGCUCUCAUGCUGUCUCGAAGACCGCCGCCCGGUCGUCCGCAAGUUUUCAACUCACAGAUUGCCUCAAUUGGCCGCCAGCAGACACGGUUCUUCUCUCCGUCGCCGUUCAGCUACGACCGCAAAAAGGACAGGGACGAGCCCAAGGACAUCUCGCCAAUGGAUCUCGAGCAGAUCCCGGAUUACUCCAUCAAGGAUUUCACCAAGGCAGAAAAGACCAUGUACGAACUAAUGUCCCCCGAAGAACAGGCGCUCUUCGAUGCCGAAAACAAGCGAUUCGUCGACAUGUGGAACGACCCGGCGCAGCGGCAGCGAGAUUCGGCCAUGAUUGAAGAAGGAGCCAAGCAGGUCGAUCGGGAAGCAGAAAUGCGUUUUGAGGAUGUCAAGGACCGCGGUCGGGGCAUCUGGGCGAAUGAAGAGGACGACGAAUUCGCCAAGACCGAGGAUGGGGACGAUGUCUUCCACGACGAUGAAAUGACCUCGAUGGCUCAUGCUGAGCUGGAGCUGCACCGCGAGGUCAGAGAAUUCGCUCGCAUUGCGGCUUGGGAUAUGCCAUUGCUAAGCAAACUAGCAAAACCCUUUGAAUUACCCAAACAAAACCAAAUCCUCCGUUUCAGAUACACAACAUACCUGGGAGAACAGCAUCCAGCCGAACACAAGGUCAUUGUCGAGCUUAGCACCAAGGACCUCGUGCCCAAACACUUGACCGAGAAGCAACGCGAGACAUUCCUCAAACUUGUUGGACCUCGUUACAAUCCCGACACAGACAUUGUUCGCAUGUCGUGCGAGAAAUUCUCUGCCCGCGCGCAGAACAAACGCUACCUGGGCGACACCAUCAAGUCCCUAUUCAAGGAGGCCAAAGAGGGUGAUGCCUUCACGGACAUCCCUCUUGACCUGCGACACCACAAGCCCAAGGUCCAGCACACUUUCCCGGAAUCAUGGAAGUUGACCGAAACACGCCGGCGGCAACUCGCCGCAGACCGCGAAGGCCGGAUCAACGCUGAGAAAGCACGCAAUAGUAUCGUCGAUGGCAAGGAAUCCGUGGCCUAUGCCAUUCGCACCCAACCAAGUCUGAGCAAGUUCCCACACCUCCACGCUGCAGAAGGAAAUGCUGCCGUCAAGGAGACUGUACCAAGGGGCAAGAUUCAGAGGUUGAAGAGAUAA